AGACAGGUUUCCUCUGAUCUUUGGUUUUAGUUUUAUUCCUUCUGCAGUAAUGAUCGAAACAUUCGCACGAUCCGUGCCAAGGGCAAAAUUGAAAACAGGUUGCUCAGGCAAGCCUAAUUCCCACUGUUGUAAAAUGAGGAGAUUAUAAUAAUUAUUAAUAUUAUAGCCUAGAACAUCACCGACGUAGAUGUGCCUGUUGCUGAUCUGUAGGUCAGGAAAAACGAGUCUAUAUUCCCGCCUUUUAUAAAUAUUUAUUAUAAUAAUGGCGAAUCGAAGAAAAAGACUAACAAGACAACCACCAAAAGUAACCAGAAUUUCGUAUAGGAACUCCAAAAAAUCGAUAGCAUUAAUUAGCAUGAUCGUGUACAGGAAUGCGAACAACAACAGUGGAGGUAUCGAUGUACCGGAGACGUCGACUAUUGGCAUUUCGAGUUCAUCAAGUUCGACACAGCACGGGCACGGGCAGGCUGCACCACAACCGCAUGCAACCCCACUGCCAGUUAAUAGAGAAAAAUAUCCUUCUUAUCAACAAAAGAAGUUUAAACUACUGGAAACCUGGUGUUCAAUUCGUGAUAGAUUGUUAUCAGUCCGAUUGGAAGAGUUGAGCCCUAUGUCAACAACAUGUGGAUUGUGUGGGGAUCAGGACGACUAUAUUCUGAAAUGCAACACUUGUGGACCAGCCUCCUAUUUUUGCCAGCAGUGUGCUAGGUCUGGUCAUCAGAAUGUGGUAUUUCAUGACUUGGAGAUAUGGAACGGUAAAGUUUUUCUUCCAUAUCAUGUAGAGACCACGCUACACAGGAUAGACCAUGAGUGUGACCAUUGCUAUGCACAUAAUAUUCUAGCAUUUGAUAUCAAAGGUAUUCUGAGGAAAAUUUCUGUCAAGCUAUGUCUUUCCGAAGAACCAGCUGGGAGGCUACUUCGGUUUGGUCUGUGGCCAGCAACACCGUCAUCCCCCAAAAUAGCCUUUGACUUGAAAUUUAUGGAAUUACUGUCCGUCAUGCAGCUGGAGUGCCAGACAAGCACUAAAAGUUUUUUUGAGGCUGUCAAAAAUCAAAUAGAUUUUAAGAUUCGUCAAUUGCCCAUUCUGUCGAAUGUUUGUGAGUCUUUCUAAUAUAUUUCAGAAAAAAGAUAUCUAUCGUGCCUUGGUUGGUGAUUGUCUUAUUGAAUAUAUGUAUCACCGUAGUUGUCUGAUCACCAAACAUGGUAUUAGCAACAAUA